AUGGCGGAUCCUGGAACGCUCCUCGAUUCUAUCCAGUCUUUCCUCGUCAACACUCAAAACGAAACCUACCAUCUUCUCAUCCCAACAAGGCCCUCAAUUUCUAAUUAUAUCUUCCCAACCGCUCUCCAAGUCCGAUACGCUUCUCACGCUACCCAAGGACGCGCCAACGCCAAAGCCCGCGAUCCAGCCGGUAAACGUCUCGGCGCCAAAAAGAGCGGCGAACAAUACGUCGUCCCCGGAAACAUCAUCUUCAAACAACGAGGCACAAAAUGGUUUCCUGGGGAGAACUGCGGUAUGGGUCGAGAUCAUACGAUUUAUGCCACUGAAGCAGGGUAUGUGAAAUAUUAUCGGGAUCCGGAAUUGCAUCCCAAGAGGAGGUAUAUCGGUGUUUGUUUUGAGAGGGAUGGGACUUUGCCGACGCCGAGGAAUGCGCCGACGAGACGCAGGUUGAAUAUGAUUGCUGUUCCUCGUGUGGAGGAACCUGUGGCUGUGGAGCAGGAUCUUGCGGCAGACGUGGAGGGAGACAGACCGAAGGUGUUUGAUGUUGAAAGUGCUGUGAGAGCAGGUCUGCCGGAUGUGGCCAAUUCUCUACCGCUUCGUCCUGGAUAUAUGUAUCGUGAAGCCAAUUGGCAGAUUGGAAGAGCUGGUGAUAAGGCUGGUAUCACUGCAGAGAAGUUUGACCGCAAGAAUCGAUGGUUGGCCUGGAGAAAGAGACAGGCUCGUGCCCAGCGUGCUGCUCAGAUGAAGAGCUUGAAGGGCAAGAAGAAGGCUGGCAAGAAGGGCAAAGGCAGGUAA